CGGGAAUUUACAUUACUUUCCCAUUUUCACUGUCCGUUUAAUUACCCAAUCAAGCGCCAUUUCGCAGUUUCCCUCCAUCUUUAAAACCCUAAAUCCCGCCAAAAUCUCUUGUUCACGAAGAGAAAUCUAACAAUUUCGAACAUAUAAAACCCUAAUUCCUCAUAAAUUCUGUCGGAUUUCUUUCAUUUCCCCCUCAUUUCACCCACAUUGAAAGAGUUCAAUUUUAGGGUUUAAAAUCGAAAAAUACAAGAUGAACAGCAAGAUCAAAGACGAAGUCAUAGAAACGAUUCGAUCAGUAGUAGGGCAAGAUUAUGCUGAAAUAGACAUAAUCAGAGCCCUUCACAUGGCGAACAAUGAUUCAACUGGUGCAAUCAACAUAAUUUUCGAUACCCCCAAUUUCAUUUCUCAAAGUCGGCAAAACCCUAGAAUCAAUUCCAGUCAGAGGGUUAAGAUUCCUAGCUCGAAUUUAAUCAUGAUCGAGGAUACCCACGAAGAUUCUGAUUCAAAUGGGAAGUCAAGUAGUCAAGAAAUGGUGGUAUACGGUGGACAGGAGAAAGAAAUGGCGAGUCCUUGUUCGAGUCCGGUGAGCGAAGACUGGUGUUUUGUUGGGUACGCAGAGAUUUCUGGAAUGUCGACGAGUAAAGGGAGGAGAAUUAAGAUUGGAGAUGAGGUGGAAUUUGCGUUUCCUGUGAAGAAUAAGUUGAGUUCAUCUUCAGGAAAGGUUUUUGGUAGAGGAAAGCAGGCGGCAGCUUGUUCUGAGAUUGUUAGGUUUUCUACCAAGAGCGGUGGCGAGAUUGGCCGGAUACCGAAUGAGUGGGCUAGGUGCUUGGUGCCCCUGGUGAAAGAUAAGAAGAUUAAAGUCGAGGGGUUUUGUAAAUAUGCUCCUGAAAAUUUGAGUAUCAUGGAUACUAUUGCUUUGAAUGUGAGUGUUUACAUCAACAGUUCAAUGUUCCAGAAGCACCAUCAAAAUUCUUUAAAAGCAGCUUCAAGUUCCAGUGAGGAAACAGUUAUUCAUCCGUUGCCAAAUUUAUUCAGGUUGCUUGGAAUAUCUCCUUUUAAAAAGGCUGAGUUCACUCCUGAUAAUUUGUACACAAGGAAGCGUCCUUUGGGUUCUACGGAAGUUCUGCGUUCCUCAUUGUUGCAUGCCAAGAAUGUAAAGAACUCGUCAUCAGAUGAAAGUAAUACGGAAGGCGAGGAAGGUGUUUCUGAUGCUGAUGUUGAUAGCAUUGUUGGAGCUGGAGACAGCUCUAAAAUGGAGGAAAUGGAUCCCCCAAGCACCCUCCUCUGCAAUCUUCGCCCCUACCAGAAGCAAGCACUUCACUGGAUGGUCCAUUUGGAGAGGGGACAAACAACAGAUGAGGCUGCUACUACCCUUCACCCUUGUUGGGAGGCAUAUCGCUUGGCUGAUAAGAGGGAUCUUGUUGUCUACUUGAACUCAUUUUCUGGUGAAGCAACAUUAGAAUUUCCGAGUACUCUUCAGAUGGCUAGAGGAGGAAUUUUGGCAGAUGCAAUGGGUCUUGGAAAAACGGUCAUGACCAUAUCCCUUCUCCUCUCUAAUUCAGAGAGAGUCGGAUCACCUUGUAGCCAGUUGACAAACAAUUCUUCUGAUGAAAGUACGGUACUCAGUAAAUCCAUAGAUGCAUCUCCAGAUCCACCUAAGAAGGUUGCAAAAUUUCAGGGCAUUGACAAGCAGUUGAAACAAGAGAACAUUCUUAUGGAUGGUGGCAGUCUCAUUGUCUGUCCUAUGACACUCCUUAGCCAGUGGAAGGCGGAGAUAGAAACUCAUGCUGUACCUGGUUCCCUCUCUGUUUAUGUUCACUAUGGACAAGGUAGAUCAAGGGAUGCUAAACUAUUGGCUCAAAAUGAUGUUGUUCUCACCACCUAUGGAGUGCUAGCUUCAGAAUUCUCCUCUGAGAAUACUGAAGGAUGCGGGGCUCUUCAUUCUAUACGGUGGUUAAGAGUGGUGCUUGACGAAGCACACACAAUAAAGUCUUCCAAAAGCCAAAUUUCAGUGGCUGCUACUGCUUUAACAGCUCAUUCUAGAUGGUGUCUCACUGGCACUCCUAUCCAGAACAAUCUCGAGGACAUAUUUAGUCUUCUUCGAUUUUUAAAGGUGGAGCCAUGGGGAAACUGGGCAUGGUGGAAUAAACUCGUUCAAAAGCCAUUUGAUGAGGGUGAUGAAAGAGGAUUGAAGCUAGUUCACUCCAUUCUGAGGCCAAUAAUGUUACGAAGAACAAAAUAUAGCGUUGAUCGAGAAGGAAGGCCUAUUCUAGUCCUGCCUCCAGCUAAUAUCCAAGUGGUUUAUUGUGAGCUGACAGAAGCUGAACAGGACUUUUAUGAGGCUUUGUUCAAAAAAUCUAAGGUGAAGUUUGAUCGUUUUGUGGAGCAAGGGCGGGUUUUGCAUAAUUAUGCUUCAAUUUUAGAACUUCUACUACGGCUUCGGCAAUGCUGUGAUCAUCCGUUUCUUGUCAUGAGUCGAGGUGAUACGCAAGAUUAUGCUGACAUGAAUAAGCUAGCCAAACGAUUUCUUAGAGGUGGCCAUGGUACUGUUGAAGGUGAAGAGAAAGUUGUGCCAUCGAGAGCUUAUAUUCAAGAGGUUGUAGAAGAGUUAAAAAAUGGAGAGCAAGGAGAGUGUCCAAUAUGUCUUGAAGCUUUUGAAGAUGCAGUUUUGACUCCCUGUGCUCAUCGCUUAUGUCGGGAGUGCCUUUUGGCAAGUUGGCGAAAUGCUGCUUCAGGUUUAUGUCCAGUCUGCAGGAAAUCGGUGAGCAAGCAAGAUCUCAUCACAGCUCCAACCGAGAGUAGAUUUCAGAUAGAUGUCGAGAAAAACUGGGUUGAAUCAACAAAAGUUUCAUCACUGUUGUGUGAAUUGGAAAAUCUGCGAGCUUCAGGAUCCAAAAGCAUUGUCUUUAGCCAGUGGACUGCCUUUCUGGACCUAUUGGAGAUUCCUCUUACUAGGAAUAACAUAUCUUUUCUUCGCCUUGACGGAACUCUAAGUCAACAGCAACGUGAGAGAGUAUUAAAAAAGUUCUCUGAAGAUAGUGAUGUCAUGGUUUUGCUCAUGUCGUUAAAGGCUGGUGGAGUGGGAAUAAACCUAACAGCUGCUUCCAAUGCUUUUGUCCUGGAUCCAUGGUGGAAUCCGGCUGUUGAAGAACAAGCAGUCAUGCGCAUACAUCGGAUUGGCCAAACUAAGCCUGUAACAAUCAAAAGAUUCAUUAUUAAGGGAACGGUGGAGGAAAGGAUGGAGGCAGUGCAGGCAAGAAAACAGAGGAUGAUUUCUGGUGCAUUAACUGAUCAAGAAGUCCGGAGUGCACGCAUAGAGGAGUUGAAGAUGCUUUUCACAUAGAGAUUAGAGACAAGAGCCCUCCUCAUUCAGUCUUAACUUCUAUUAUUGCCGAUCUUACAUGGAUGUAUAAUCACUUUUGACCCUUCCUGGGUAUGCUAAGUCGGAUUAUUGUAAUUAACAUUCACAGGCAAGGGAGUUUUGUGCAGUUAAGGGUUUGUAGUUAACUUCAUUUUAGCUAGGAGUUCAAAUGUUCAAUGUAAAUUAUUUUGGCGGGGGUCUAUAUCAUUCCUUUUGGAAUUGCAGAUGAGACUGAAUUAGCUUAGGUUGCACAUAUUAUGUAUAUAAGCUUUUCAGAGGUCAAUGAAUUUUGCUUUGUCACUUUUAGUUUCUA